AUGACGAUCAUCGCGAGGCAUCGAGUUCAUGUUCCGCGCGAGCCGCAGAGCGACGACUUCUUCCAACGAGCCGACCCGUACGUGAACAGCCAGUCGGAUGACAUCUACGCUUCGAUACAAGCAGCCCGGGCGAGCGAGGACUCCGACUAUCUGCCGACGGCGAGUGCGACACAGAACGGAGACACCGUAUUCACGCCAAGCGCCAGCAGCGGCGAUGAUGGGACACUGGUCGCGAUGCAGACCAGCACUGUCGACGGCAGUGCUAGUCCGACGGCACGUCAGAACACGGCGACAUCGUCACUCUUGACCGCGAGCGACACUGGUGCCGCGUACCUCAAUCCAUCCACUGGCACCAUCUCGAACACCGACCGUCCUUCAUCGACUGCACUCCCGAGCGGCGCCCGUCUGGCCGAAGGUACCACUCAGACAUCUUCGUCAGCAACAGCGAGCGAGCAUCACGACCAUGGACUCUCCAAAGGCGAACUUGCUGCUGCCAUCAUCCUACCCAUCCUCGCAGCGCUGGCCCUCUUCCUUCUCGCCUUCUUCCCCCUCCGCAGGCGAGCCCGAAAGACAAGAGGUCGGCACGGAAGCGGCGGCGCAUCAUUCCUUCCACGUCUUCGCGACAAGUGGGGCAGCCUCUGCAGCAGCAGUACAUCGCAACACCGACAAGAGAUGGAAACAGCACGAGGCGCACCCGUCGUCAGCAGCAGAGAGAACAACGCAUACUUCACAGGUCUGGACACUUCCUUCCAUGGCUCCAACUCGGGCCGCGAGCAAGGUCACAGCGGCGAAUACUACGCCAGGACCUCAGAAGGCGGCACAACGUUCGACAUCCCACCACCUGUCUAUACCGUGAAGCCAAAUAACCGCGGACCACCAAUGUUACCUCCCAUCCACACGAUCGGCGAAUCUCCCCAUCUCUCGACGCCAUCUGCAGCAACUCUCCUCGCCAUGCCCCUCGAUCCCCCACAAUCCUCGGCUCGCUCAGCUGUUUCCAUAUCGAGUACUCUCUACAGCGACACGGCAUCCAUCCACUCCGCGCGAGCUGCGAGAAUGAGUAUCGGUGGUCCGAACAUCGUGCGGCCGGGUCUGCAUUCUUCGACGAGUGGCAGUCUCGGCCAGGAGAGGGAUCCGUUUGGAAGUGACAAUGAGGCGAGUAUGCCGAGUACGAGGAAUGGGAGUCCGGUUGAGAGUGGCAUGGUGAGCCCGAUUCAAGAGAGACGGGAGUGA